CCCUGGUCAUAGUGGGAUAGUCAGUUCCGCUUUCCGCCCGUCAGUCGCGGGAUAGGCAGACCGUCGGAAGUUUGUGGGAGAUGGGCUGAAAGUCCAGCACAGGCAGACCGAACACUGCUGCACAGGAGUUUCACAGCUGCUUAUAAUUGUGGUAAUGCUUAGUUUCAGAAAUGCCGUACGUAGAUCGUCAGAAUCGGAUCUGUGGCUUUCUAGACAUAGAGGAAAUGGAGAGCAGCGGCAAGUUUUUACGACGCUACUUCAUUCUGGACACCCUGGAGGGCAGCCUGGUGUGGUACAUGGAUAACCCUCAGAAUCUUCCAGAAGGAACAUCCUAUGUCGGCUCCCUCAAACUAACAUAUAUAUCCAAGGUUAGCGAUGCCACCAAAUUGCGGCCCAAGGCGGAGUUCUGCUUUGUCAUCAACGCUGGAAUGAGGAAGUUUUACUUGCAGGCGAAUGAUAAGCAGGAUUUAGUGGAGUGGGUCAGUGCACUCAACAACGCCACCAAAAUCACAGUGCCGAAGUCAGGUGAGCAGGUGGCCCAUAAUACAGCAGAAGCAUGUGUGGACACAUCGGGUGCCACGAAACAAGUAUCCUACAAGACCGAAAUCAUUGCAGGAGUGCCCAUCAUCACCACCACACAGGAAAAGGGGGAAGGUCAGAAUGGUGCAGACAAAAGUGGGAUGAGGAAACCUCCUGGUCAGCUGCCGUUUUACCUGAGCCGGAGUAACCAAGACCAGUCGGUCAUUAAAGCUGGAUAUUGUGUCAAACAGGGAGCUGUGAUGAAAAACUGGAAAAGGAGAUACUUCUUGUUGGAUGACAAUGCACUAAGCUACUUCAAAUCAGACAUGGAGCGAGAGCCGUUACGAGUUAUUCCUCUGAAAGAAGUGAACAAGGUGCAGGAGUGUAAACAAAGUGACUUGAUGAUGAGGGACAAUCUUUUUGAACUGGUUACUACCUCAAGAACGUUCUACAUUCAGUCGGACAGCCCAGACGAGAUGCACGGCUGGAUCAAGGCUAUCUCUGGGGCCAUAGUGGCCCAACGGGGUCCUGGACGCUCUGCAGCCUCUAUGCGUCAGGCCAGGCGGCUCUCAAACCCUUGUAUACAGAGGUAUACAUCCUGCAGUGGUGAAUGCAGCACAGAUUAAACAUGACACUGAGACACUAACAACCCAAACACAAGUCCUUCUUCUGCACUAGCAGCUGUCCUGUUCCUGCUAUAUCCCAGACUGAUCUCCAGCCUCCUGUCUGCUGUAGCUUUCACUGCCACUACUCACUGACGUGACUGCCGCCCGUGUACUAAACUUCCUGCUGUACCAUUUGCUUCACCUGCUCUUGUUCUUGAGUUUUUUCCUCCUCCUUCCCUUUCUACCAAAGCGGUUUCCUCUGUCCUGACUGACGCUGCGUUCUGUAACCAUUCCUCAAUCUCCACAGGAGCACGCUGAACCCCACUCCGUCUUCUACUCCAACCAACAGAGUCUCUCAACUCCUUGCUCACCCCUCCCCACUGAACUCCAUUACCCAGAAUGCGGUUCCCCCUCGGGCACUCAGCAUGGCGUGGGAGGGGCCAGACCUGAACAGCCUGCGCCCGGGGCCACGAGCACGCCUGUCGCUACAGGAGUCACCCCAAAUCUUCUUCAAGUAAUCACUGACGACACGUCACCAUGGCAAAUCAGAAGCGGUGUAACACAGCCUCCGAAUAUCCCAUGAGAUGAAGACCUUCAUGUUACCCAGGUUUAACCAUGUAUUUGGUAUAUGACACACACAUUACAACAAACUGUUAAUGCCUAAAGCAGGACAGGGACUCAGGAUGAAUGUGAAUCGAGCCCAGUGCACCAUGGGAUUGCACCAAUCAAGCCUCUUGAAAAAAAACUGCAACAAUUUUAAACCAGAAAAUGUAUUGAGACACAAAAAAGUUGCUGUUACCAACAGUUGAUUAUUUUCCUGUUACGAGCAAAAAAACUAUAGUAUAGUUAAUAUUAUAAAUCUAUUGGUGUGGGGGGGGAUUCACUGUUUUUAAAUCUAAAAUACCAUGUACAUAAAGUGAAUUUAGUGGAUUCAGGCAUCAAAACACUUAAUGUAUGUACAUAUCAUAACAUGUACAUAAAGUGAAUUUAGUGGAAUCAGGCAUCAAAACACUUAAUGUACAGUCAAAAACUGGAAAAUAUAUUGUUUAAAUAAAAUAAACUAUUUAUUUUUAUUUAGGAAAAAAAACAGAUAUAAUAAAAAGAACAUAAUAUUAAAACAGAAGUUUCCAGUAUUGACCUAAUCAAACUGAUACUGAUAAAUAAAUUAUAUGCUACAUAUUGCUGAUACCAAUAAGGCCACUGAAUCCUUAAAUCCAUAAAUUCUGGUUUGUUUCAUUUGAAAUAAUGUGGUGUUUUUACAUCAUUUUUGGGGGGUUUACGGUGGAUUUACAGUUUAGACUUUUGUCCUACAGUAACAUAUUCCUUCUUUAGAUGCCAUCUGGCCUUGGUUAUCUUGUUUUUCAUUGGUAAUUGAAUUUCGUUUUCUUUUUUUGUUGGAAUGAUUUAUGUAUAAAUUGAAUUGGACCUUGUGUUUGACCACAGCAAGCUUCUACCGAUAUGUUUUGUAUUGCUGUAGAGAGAAUGUGUUUUGUGUUAUUAUAUUUCAGUGUAAAACACACUGCCACUCACCAUGAGGCAGCUCUCUUUUGGGAGCAAGACUCUUUUUAGUGGCGCUUCUGUUUGUCAGAUGCAUGUGAACUUAUGACUCUCUAUAUCUACAUACAAAAAAAAAAAAAAAACACACUCCAGAUGUUUAAGUUAGACUUUAAAAAAGGUUCAAUUUGUUAACAUUAGUUAAUUAAUUUUGUAGGCUAUCAUAUACUUUUGUAGGAUGAAUAAUACUGUUCCACGAUUAUGAUUAAUAUUUUUUAUUAAUAUAAUUUCUUUUAAUAAUGUUAAUUCAAUUAAUGUUUGUACUUGAAAUGUUUUUUUUUUCAGCAUAUAACAUAAAUUAGUAUAUGUAGAAGAACAUUAAUCAACACUGUGACUGUUGUUUAUAGUUAGUUCAUGAUACCUAAUACAUUACAUAAUGUUAAUUAAUUGAACCUAAAGCACAGACAUUCACUAAACACUGUUGAAUGGAUCCUUUUCACAGACUUGUAUUUCAUAAACAUUGAAAAUCUAGCCAAGUUUUUUUUGUUUGUUUGUUUUGUUAUUCUUAUUUUAAAAUAUAUUCUCUCUCUCUCUCUCUCUCUCUCUCUCUCUCUCUCUCUCUCUCUCUCUCUCUCUCUCUCGCUCUUUAUAUUACAAUGUACUUUUGUACAAAAUGUACAUAACACUAUACUUUGUUUUAUAUUACCUUGCCAUUACAUUACAGUGUAAUUGCACAUGAGGAAGAGGUGGUAAAUUUGACAUACAGUAUUUCUCUCUUCCGACUGCUGUAAUCAAUCCCUCUGUAUAUUUCUCUUAUUUUUGUAAAGUUAUAGAAAUGCUCUUUUGUUACUGAAGCAAAUGGUAACACAAAUAUGUGAAAAGGCUCCAUAUGUUAGUAUUAGUGUGAAUGCGAGUCAGUGGCCCCAAUGAUAAAUAAUGUAUGUUGUUUUAUUGUGGAUUCAGAUACUGCAACUUGUUUUUCAUGUUUAAUGUAUGUAGUUGUCCUUGGCUGGAAAAAUUAUACAUUUUUGAAAUGAAUCAAAAUAAUGUUUUAGCUUUUCUUUUAGAGUCAUGGUUUGACUUAGUUAGUUAGAAUUUGCUUUAUAUACAUACAAAAGAAAUGUGUGUGUGUGUGUGUGUGUGUGUGUGUGUGUGUGUGUGUGUGUGUGUGUGUGUGUGUGUGUGUGUGUGUGUGUGUGUGUGUGUUUGUGCAUGCGUGCAAGUGCAAGUGCCUACCUAACCAUAUAUUGGAGACUAAUUUGUACCCAGAAGUGGGCCAAAUGUGACAAAACCUUCAUUUGUAAAAACAUCUAAAAAUAAAGUAAAUAAAAUGUAAAAAAAUAAAAGUAAAACUACAGGACAUUUUCAGUUAGGAUGUGGUUUGCACAGGAAAAACAAUGUGCUACCCGUCAAAACUUUG